AACACGUUAUACACGAGGAAAUAGAUCCAAAUUCAAACACAGUCGCUCAUUGGCAUUGUUGUGCGGGAAGUGUCGAGUUUAAAAGUAACAAUGUGCAGGUCCGUGUGUGUCCUCGCGCUCCUCGUCUUAAUCAGCCCAACUGCUGAAGCGUUGGACAAUGGUCUGGCGCUCAAACCCACAAUGGGCUGGCUGCACUGGGAGAGAUUCAUGUGUAACAUCGACUGUGACAAGGACCCCAAUAACUGCAUCAGUGAGCGUCUGUACAUGCAGAUGGCAGAUGUGAUGGUGAAGGAGGGCUGGAAAGAGGCCGGUUACGAGUACGUCUGCAUCGAUGACUGCUGGCCCUCCCACCAGCGCGAUGCCCAGGGCCGCCUGCAGGCAGACCCCAAAAGAUUCCCGGGGGGCAUCAAGAAACUGGCCGACUAUGUCCAUUCUAAGGGACUGAAACUGGGUAUCUAUGCAGAUGUGGGGAAGAAUACCUGUGCGGGAUACCCUGGCAGUCUGGGUUACUAUGAGACAGAUGCUCAGACGUUUGCUGACUGGGAUGUAGAUCUGCUCAAAUUUGAUGGCUGCUAUAUGGACUGGACCUUGGUUGGAGAAGGCUACGUCAACAUGUCAAAAGCACUGAACAAAACCGGAAGUAGUAUCCUGUACUCCUGUGAGUGGCCUUUGUAUGAGUGGAAGUUCAAACAGCCCAACUACACAGCCAUCCGCGAGGCGUGUAACCACUGGCGCAACUUUGCUGACGUGUACGACUCAUGGAGCUCUGUCAAGUCCAUCUUGGAAUGGACUGCUUCUCAUCAAGACAUCAUUGUCCCCGCGGCUGGACCUGGGGGCUGGAACGACCCCGAUAUGCUAGUGAUUGGGAACUUUGGCCUGAGUCAUGCCCAACAGGAGUCUCAGAUGGCAUUAUGGGCCAUCAUGGCAGCCCCUCUGCUCAUGUCUAAUGAUCUGAGGGACAUAUGUCCUCGCUCCAAGGAACUGCUGCAGAACAGACACAUCAUUGCCAUCAGCCAGGACCCACUGGGCAAGCAGGGAUACCGCACUGCCAAGGUGGACAGUUUUGAGGUGUGGGAGAGGACUCUGUCCCAGAACCGACUGGCCAUCGCUGUCCUGAACCAGCAGGAGAUUGGUGGUCCCCGAGGGUUCGUCAUCAGAGCGGCUCCUGGCUGGAAGAUCUGUAACCCCCAGUGUGAAGUCACACAGAUCCUUCCUCAGUACAAGGAGCUGGGUGUUCAGACUCUACAUACCAAAAUGGUUGUAUCAGUCAACCCCUCAGGCACUACUCUACUGACAGUCACUCCCAUCGGCAGCGACAUUACAGGGCUUAACAAGCUGUACUGGAGGGACUUAUCUGUCAAACGUAAGCACACCACCACUUUGUAGUCCUCAGGUGGUUAUGCACUUUAUCUGCUUAUACCAUUGUGAUUGAAUUAUAAAGAAGGUAAAGUGUUUUAUAGUCUAGUUUGCUUGAAUCAGCCUGGAUACAAUUACAGUACACCUGCUACCUUUUUAUCAUGUUGAAUAAACUGGAAAAUGUUGGAA